AGGAAGACGUGGAUCUGACCAAGCUGCAGGUCAACAUCUGGGAGCCGCGGCACAUGGAGCAGAUUGUCCCCGCCCUGCUGGUCAACCUGGAGCAGGGCGACAGCGGUUCUCCUGCUGAGCAGACGGAGGUGUGCUUCAGAGAGCUGCUGGGCCGAGCCGCAUACGGACACAUCAACAACGCCAUCCGACCCGUCCUCAUGCACCUGGACAGCCGCAGCCUGUGGGAAGGAGGAGGCUUUGCUGUUCGCUGCUUCCAGAUCAUCAUGUUCUCCAUCCAGUCCCAGCACUCCCACCUGGUCAUCCAGCAGCUGCUGGGUCACCUGGACGCCAACAGCAGGAGUCCGGCAUCCGUCCGGGCCGGGAUCGUGGAGGUUCUGUCUGAGGCAGCUGUGAUCGAAGCCACUGGAUCUGUAGGUCCCACCGUGUUGGAGGUGUUCAACACGUUGCUGCGGCAGCUCAGGCAGAGCGUCGACUACCAGCUGACUGGUUACUAUGACAACGCCAGAAAACACAAAACCACGUCGUUUCAUGAGAAAAUGCUGCAGGACGCCGUCAUCAAAACCAUCGGAUCCUUUGCCAACACACUUCCUGUCUACCAGAGGUCAGAGGUCAUGCUGUUCAUCAUGGGGAAAAUUCCAGUCCCGGGCAUCUACCCGGCCCUGGGCUCUCCGAACGCCGGGUUUGAAGGCAGCAGGAUGAUCCAGGUGAUGCUGCUGAAGUCUCUGCUGCAGGUUUCGGAGCGCUACGACAGCAGCAACCUGCUGACCGCGCUGCCCUCCUCCUUCCUGGAGCCGCUGCUGUCCUUCAUCCUGAUGGACGACCCGGAGAUCCGCCUGCUGGUUCUGUCCAUCCUCACCUCGCUCAUCGACCGCCGUCACAACGCAGCCAGGAUCACCGCCGUCAGUGUGACGUUUGACGUGUCGGUUCUGGAGCAGAAGGAGGACAGAUGCUCCCGACAGGACAACCUGUUCAUCAGGAAGCACGCCCAGCGGCUCUACAGACACGUCUUCCUGGCCUGUAAGGAGGAGUCCAACGGGCCGAGCCACUACCAGGCGCUCUUCAUCUUACUGGUUGUCCUCAGUGUGGAACUGGUCAGUGAGGAGGUUCUGGUGGACCUGAUCCGACUCAUCCUGGCUCUGCAGGAAAUGGGCGUGUCCAAUCAGGAGAGUCUGUCUGUUUUGAACCGCUGCAGUCUUCACGCCGUCUGCGCCGCCGCCCUCCACGUUCUGUCGCAGAUCGGCCCGCCGCCGCCCCUCCAUCAGCACGUCACUCAGGUCAUAGAGAGUCGACAGAAGGGGGCGCCACACCUGCUGCCUGAAAGCGUUUUGCGUGACCAACCCAGGAUCCCAAACGGGGAUCUGAAGGUGGACAAAGAUCUCCUGUUUGUCCAGUCCAAGAUCGGCGAGGCGCUGACAGGAAGCAGCUACAGCGCACAGUGUGAACGCCUCAACACGCCUUACACUCCUCAGCUGAUCGAUGAAGACCGUCUGUCCAGGAAGAUGAGUAUCGCAGACACCAUCUCCCUCCAGAUCGCCAUGGACCAGGAGUCCAGCGCUGAUCCUCAGAAACCUCAGACUGAGCAGAUCACCUUUGAGACGCUGAAGAACACCAUCGAGGAUAGAGGAGGCGUGGAGGAGGAGGAGAGGAGGAAGAGGAUGGAGGUGGUGGAGAGGUUUCAGACGGCUCCUUUUGAGGAAAUAGCAGCUCUCUGUGGAUCCAGGACGUCGCUGCUUCAGUCCAAACUGGACCGGGUCUUUGACCUGAUCGUCCGUCCUCCUCCGUCUCCGUCAGGACAGCCGUCUCAGCGCUCCACGCCCGUCUAUGAGAUGAAGUUUCCUGAUCUGUGUGUGUAUUAGAGGCCCAGCUGGAUAAUAAUGAAGCAUUUUAUGUAGCGGUAAAGAAAAGGAUCAUAAACAUGUUUCAUCUACAAGUAAUAUGUUUUUUCAGUGACUGUUUGGUUACUUUUAAAUGACAAAAUCUUUCUUUGCUAAUUUAUUAAAACAAUAAUGUCUGAUUAAAAAUUCUCAUAUAGUUUAUUAAGACCAUGAAUUCACAGUAAGAACAUGUUUGAUGUUUUAACCGUCUCUUCCUUGAUAUUUUGUAAAAUUAAAACUUUUUCCUGACCUUGUUAUCCAGUUAUUGUGUUGACAAUUAGUAGCAAAACAGAGUCUCUGUUUCUUAUAUAAGCAUCUAAACCUUCC